AUGACAGAACUGGAACCCAAGAUCAGCAUCAAACUGCCGUCGCCGCCCUUCCAUGCCAUUCCAGGCCUCCCCAACUUCCGCGACGCUGGCGGUUACCCUAUUAAUGCUCAGCCUGGCCGCAUCCUCAGACCCGGCGUAGUCUUUCGCUCCGCGGAGCCCUCGCGUCUCACCGACGAUGGCGUUGCUUGCCUCCAGGAUCUCGGCAUCACCCACGUAUACGACCUCCGUUCCGCCAUCGAGCUCAAGCGCCUCGCCCUGGCGGGGGCGAACUGCGAUGUCCGCGAAUGGCCCGGUGCCCAGCGCGUCUUUGUCCCCGUCUUCCGGGACCAGGACUACGGGCCCGAGGCCAUUGCCUUGCGCUAUCGCAACUACUCGAGUAACGGCACCGAGGGCUUUACAAAAGCCUACACCGAUAUUCUACGCACCGCCUCGGAGCCAGACCACCCCAACGACCCCUUCCGUACGAUACUCUCUCACCUUGCCACCACCGAGGCCCCCUCUCCGUUCCUCAUCCACUGCACCGCUGGCAAGGAUAGGACCGGUGUCAUCUGCGCCCUCAUUCUCAGCCUCUGCGGCGUCUCGGACGAGGUCGUGGCUCACGAGUACAGCCUGACGGAUAUCGGCCUCCAGGACCGCAGAGAAGAGAUUGUCAACCACCUCCUCGCCACCGAUGCUCUCAAAGGGAAUCCCGAGGGCGCCCGGCGCAUGAUCGGCUCUCCGAAAGAAAGCAUGCUUGCGACACUGGCCAAGCUUCGUGAGGAUUAUGGCUCUGUCGAGGCUUACGUGCAAAACAGAUGUCGCAUGUCGGCAGAGGCCAUCAGCCAAAUUCGAUCCAAUCUUACGGUUGAUGUCGCCGACGGGUUUCAAGUAGUGGACUGGGUCUCGCACACUAAGCAUUUACUUUGA